GCGGGAGGGGCGGGCUCGGCCGUUGGGACCCCUUCCCCAUAACGGUGGCCGUAACGGCGGCGGGCGAGUCGUGAGGCUGCGCCCAGGAGUGACGCUCGGGUCGGCGACUGUGAGGAAAUGGUCAGGGGCAGGAGGAAGAAGCGCGCAGAGGCGCGCCCGGAGCCGCCCCCGGGUCCCCGCGCCAGGGCUAGGAAGCACGAGCGGGAGGACGAGCCGUCCGUGGACAAGGCCCGUGGGAGCCCGGCCGGCCUCGCGCGGCUCCUGCCCGGCGUGCUGGAGCGGCUCGGCCGGAAGGCGCGCGUCCUGCUGCAGCUCGGGAUCCGUUGUGGCGCCGCGCUGGGCCUCGCUGCCUUUGUGGGAAUUUUGCAUUGGAUACACUUAACAACACUUUUUGAAAAUGACCGUCGUUUUUCUCACCUCUCAACUCUGGAACGGGAGAUGUCAUUUCGUAAUGAAAUGGGACUUUAUUAUUCUUAUUUCAAGACUAUUGUUGAAGCACCUUCGUUUUUGGAAGGCCUGUGGAUGAUUAUGAAUGACAGACUUACUGAAUAUCCCCUUGUAAUUAAUACAGUGAAACGAUUCCAUCUUUACCCAGAGGUAGUCCUAGCUUACUGGUAUCGUGCAUUCAUAGGAAUAAUGAAUUUAUUUGGAAUACAAACUAAGGCCUGCUGGAAUGUGACCAGAGAAGGAUUUCCUAGAGAAGUUGAGAGCUGUGAAGGAUUGGGAGACCCUGCUUACUUUUAUGUGGAUGUAAUUUUUAUCUUAAAUGGACUAAUGGUGGGAUUGCUGUUCAUCUAUGCUGCGUAUCUGAGUGAGACUCAAGUAGGAGGUCUAAUUACAGUACUGUGCUACUUUUUCAACCACGGAGAGGCCACGCGUGUGAUGUGGACGCCGCCUCUCCGCGAAAGCUUUGCAUAUCCGUUCCUGGUGCUUCAGAUGUAUAUUUUAACCAUGAUUCUCAGGACCUCCAACAAUUUUAGAAAGCAUUACAUUGCCCUCUGUCUUGCCAAUGUUGCUUUUAUGCUUCCCUGGCAGUUUGCUCAGUUUAUACUUUUCACACAGGUAGCCUCAUUAUUUCCCAUGUAUGUGGUGGGUUACAUUGAGCCAAACAAGUUUCAGAAGAUCACUUUGAUAAACAUGGUUUCAGUUUUCCUCUGUUGUGUUUUGAUGUUUGGGAAUCCGAUGUACUUAUCUUCUUACUAUUCUUCAUCUUUGUUAAUGACAUGGGUGAUAAUUCUAAAGAGAAAUAAAAUUCAUAGAAUCGGAAUAUCUGAACUCAACUUUUGGCUAAUUCAAGGUUGUGCUUGGUGGCUUGGAACAAUCAGUUUGAAACUUCUGACAUCUAAAAUCUUAGGUGUUUCAGACCAUAUUCGCCUGAGUGACAUUAUAGCAGCCAGAAUCUUACGGUAUGCAGACUUUGAUACCUUAAUGUACACUUGUGCUCCUGAAUCUUACUUCAUGGAACAAGUGACUCCAGUGAGAUACACAAAGACAUUAUUGCUUCCAAUUGUUAUGGUGAUUAUUUAUAUUAUCUUUAAAAAGGCUAUUCGUGAUGUUUUUGGUGCCUUAACUACAAACACUUAUCUAAGAAAACAGCUCCUUGAACAUGGUGAGCUAGUUUUUCACACAUUGCAGUUGUUAGCAUUUGCAGCCCUUGCCAUUUUGAUUUUGAGGCUGAAGCUGUUUUUGACCCCGCACAUGUGUGUUAUGGCUUCCUUGAUCUGCUCUCGACAGCUCUUUGGCUGGCUUUUUUACAAGGUUCGUUUCGAGAAUGUUAUCUUUGGCAUUUUAACAGUAAUGUCAGUACAAGGUUGUAUAAAUCUCCAAAAUCAGUGGAAAAUAAAAGGAGAAUUUAUUAAUUUGCCUCAGGAAGAACUUCUUCAGUGGAUCAAGCACAAUACGAGACCAGAUGCUGUUUUCGCAGGUGCCAUGCCAAUAAUGGCAAGCGUCAAGCUGUCCACGCUGCGCCCCAUUGUGAACCACCCGCACUACGAGGAUGCAGACCUGAGGGCCCGAACAAAAAUAGUCUAUUCUGUAUAUAGUCGAAAAUCUGCAAAAGAAGUGAGAGACAAGUUGCUGGAAUUACAUGUGAACUAUUAUAUUUUAGAAGAAGCGUGGUGUUUUGUGAAAACCAAGCCAGGUUGCAGUAUGCUGGAAAUCUGGGACUUGGAAGAUCCUUCUAAUGCAGCCAGCCCCUCCCUGUGCAGCAGCCUGCUCCAGGACGAAAGGCCAUACUUCACCACCAUGUUUUAUAAUGCCAUGUAUAGAGUUUUGAAGGUUAAUCGGGAAGUAGACUAUAUCAAAGUCUUGUGAUUCAAAGAAGGUGGUGCAAAGAAAGCAUCAAGUAUACAUACAACAUUCAUUAUAAUCACAAGCUUUAAUAGGAGAUGUUUAAAAUAAUGAAACACUAAGUAUGCUUAGUUUUUCUGAUCACAACCAACAAAUUAAUUGUUCUCCAUUGAAUGUCAGUCUUAUUAAGCUAAUCACAUGGGUUGUUUUACUAGUGCUCAGGAAAGAUCUUUUAUAAUUUCUAAUAAGUUCUUGAAAAUCACUUUGAAUUAAAGUAUUUUUUAAAACA